AGUCAGAUCUCUUGCUGAUCUGCUUAUUUCCCAACGAAAACCAGAAAAGCGAAUCAUUUGGGGUGUUGAUAUGGAGAACAACAACUACAGCAUCAUAUCGAGGGAGAAGCUGGACCAGGUGGCGAGCUGGGUGGGCUCCACGGUGGCCUCCGCCUUCUUUUCCUCCCUCGAGCGCUUCUCCUGCGUCAACCUCGCCACCGCCGACCCCGACGACGACGACGACGCUUACGAGGCCAAGGACCGCCCUCUCGCCCUCCAACACCACCACGAAGACCCCCAAAACGACGUCGCUAAGCUCCCCGUCUGAUCCCUCUUCGGAUCACGACGACCGGCUAAAUGACGUCGCUAAACUCCCCAUCUGAUCCUCUUCUGUAUUCGAAUCCUCCUUUUGUAUUUUAUGUAAAAUUAGGGUUUUUAAUUAGCAGAUAAUCGUCGCUGAUGUGGCGUGUUUGGGUGUGUGUGUGAAUAAUUUGAAUCGUAACUUCUUGUGGUAUUCUAUUCUUAAUUGAUUAUGGUUAAUGCUGUUGAUUGACCAAAUUAGGAAGCAAAA